CUUCCCAAAGAGCUCCUGUUUGUCAUUUAACAAGCUCUGCUUGACCAGAUCUAGCAGGUAUUAACGUCAGGAGAGACGACAGGAGCCAGACCCCAGAUCAUACUGCUCCCUCUAAGCUGGGUCAUUGCAAUAUGCAAGCGCGUAGGCAGCUUGGCGAGGGGUGGAGUGCUGGCUUGGAAGGCAGUGCUGCCAAAAAUCCACCCACGGCCCAUGCCAGCCUUCGCCAGCUCUGCAGAGCCCCCCUGGCAGCGGUGGACUGAGGACACUGCCAGCUGCGAAGCGGUGCAGCCCACAGGAGGCACGCGGGGCAGGCUAACAUCUCCUAACAGGGGCCACGUUAAGUGCACGCCGACACAUGGAGGUAACCACGCAGGUGGGGGUGGCCGUGCACAGACACCCAGCAGAGAAAGUCACCUCAUGCAGUGCUCCCGGCAGGCGUCCCACGUGCUGUGUAAGAAAGGGCACGUCCUCCCGAUGAAACUGCUCCCGUGGGAGUGCAAGGCAGCUUCAUCCCCAGCCCCUUCCACCCCGGUACAGGCAGGGAGCGGUCUGGCAGCAGCACGCUGGCCCCAUGGAGGCCAUGGGCAAUGUCAGAUCACACUGCACUGCAUUGGGUGGGAAUGGCCUAUUCGCCAUGUGUCUCUCCUCUUCUGGGUAAUAUUCCCACGUGAGCCUGGAUAGGAAGGGUGUCACCUUUUGGAGCGAUUCCAGUUCUUGGGUAAAUUACACAUUAGUGGGAGAAGGGAUUAUGGGGAGUGGCGACCUGCGGCACUGCCAGGUGCGCGGAGCAGAGGGAUAACAGCCUGGUGUGUGGGGGGAGAGUGCAGCACAGAGAGCACGCUCCUCUCCCUCCUGCUCGGCAGAUCCUGGGACGAAGGCACCUGUCCUGCUGCAGCAGACGAGCUGAUGGCAACAAGACAGACCCAGGCAUCUUCGGGAGUGGAGCCAUCGGCAGCACACACAGCCGCUACCCUGCUGAGCCUCCCUCCUCUGCCCGCUGGUCCUGGUGGCCCUGCCCUCCUCAUGAGCAUGAGAACCAUGAUGUGGCUGUUCAUCACCAUUGCUUGUUUCAUCUGCAGCACUGAAAAGUGCAACGCAAGCCCCGAGGUGUUCAUGGAUGUUGGUGAAAUCGUUCGCUACCACGGGUACCCCUAUGAAGAGCACGAAAUUGUGACAGAUGAUGGUUAUUACCUCACCAUGCAGAGGAUUCCUCAUGGUAGGAACUCGGGAAGUUCAAGCACCUCCCAUGAAGCAGAGACACAAGGUUCCAGCAUGUUUUGCGUCCCUCCAAAGCCUGCGGUGCUCCUGCAGCAUGGCCUGGUGUUGGAGGGCAGUAACUGGGUUACUAACUUGCCCAACAGCAGCCUGGGCUUCAUCCUCGCGGAUGCUGGCUAUGAUGUCUGGAUAGGAAACAGCAGGGGGAACAGCUGGUCACGCAAACACAAAGAGUUUGAAUACCACAACGAGAAAUACUCAGCUUACAGCUUUCAUGAAAUGGCCAUGUAUGACCUUCCAGCAACAAUCAACUAUAUUUUGCAGAAAACUGGACAGGAGCAGUUAUACUAUGUGGCUUACUCUCAAGGCACCACCACAGGUUUCAUUGCGUUUUCUUCCAUUCCUGAGCUGGAUCGCAAAAUCAAGAUGUUUUUCGCUUUGGCUCCUAUCACCACAAGCUCAAACAUGAAGUCACCCUUGGUCAGGGUGUUUGACCUUCCUGAGGGUCUGGUUAAGUUCAUUUUAGGACACAUACUGGUCUUCGAUAAGGGCGAGAUUUUGCAGCAAGUGACUUCCCGUCUGUGCGGCUACACAUUCUUUAAAAGCUUUUGCUCUUUGGUCCUUUACUUGCCUGGUGGGUUUACCAACAGCUUAAAUGUGAGCCGCAUAGAUGUCUACUUGUCUCGCUACCCUGAUUCAACAUCCCUAAAAAACAUGUUACAUUGGCGCCAGCUCUAUCAAACAGGGGAAUUCAAAUAUUAUGAUUAUGGCAGCGACAAUGUGCUUCAUUAUAACCAGAGCACACCUCCUUUCUAUGAGCUGGAAAAUAUGAAAGCACCACUUGCUGCAUGGUAUGGCGGCAAGGACUGGAUUUCAGCCCCUGAAGAUGUAAAUAUAACACUGCCUCGUAUAACCAACAUGGUGUACAAGAAGUAUAUUCCUGAAUUCGUCCACUUCGACUUCCUUUGGGGUACGCAAGCAUAUGAACAAGUAUACAAAGAAAUUCUUGAACUGAUGAAGAAGAAUGCCUAGAGUUGGAAAAGUGGCAGUAAUUGUUCAUUUCUUCUUUGUCUUUGGGGGCUUCUUUUAUUUGAAGAAAAAAAAAAAAAGUGAGGAAAAAAAGAGGUGAAAAGGUUCAUUAAACUGCUGCACUUGUUGUGGGAUUAUAUUAUUCUGGCAAGUGAGGAAAAUAGGCCAAUCCCAUGAUCAGAGAAUCACAUGGGAUUUAGGUUAAGUAGGUGGAGGUCCUCGCAGAAGUUGGGCAUGGACUUUCGACUCUGAGUCUCUCAGGUGCCUCACGCACAUGGGUUUCCAGCAACAAGCAAUUUCUGUGGAGCUUGGCUCUUGGCAGCUGCCGUAGGCUCUGGCCUCCCUGUGGCUGGGUUCCCAGCUGCGAACAACAGGAUAGCAGCUUGGCUCUGUUGUGCAUGCUGGUGUUUCAAGUGCGCUCAGACGGGACCACACAGUUCAUUGCUUUACAGUCAGAAGGAGCUAAAAACUUUCUGCUAGUAAUAAAAAGAGCUAGUACUGCUGAUUCAGGUGACACCAAACUUGAUCAUACACAACAGUGUUUUCAAUAAGCUGUACCGAAAAAGACCAUUUUGCACAAUUUUAUGUAAUAGUCCCAAGGUACAAACCCAGAUGGAAGAGUCACUUUUUGCUGAGUCUCAGAAAAUGCUUUGGUUUUCCUUACGUGUGAGAGAGAAGAAGAGUCGGGAGUCUAACUCUGUUCUUAGCCUCUGGAUUACCCUUCAUAAUACAGUAUUGAUUAAGGGAGGAAUGGUGAAUUUGCCUGUUUGUGCAAUGAUAUUCUUAAAGUAUGUCUACAAGCAAGCAGGGCAAAGGAUAAGGCACUUUUCCCACAAAGAUGUAUGAAAAAUAAUAAUAAAGCAAAAAGGGUCCA